UGAAUUGACGAGGUUAAUCAAAAAAAAAAGCUCCCCUGAAGUUGCAGACCUUUGCCUCACCAGAAAGAAUAAAAAAAAUGAAGAAUAAAAAAAAUGGGGAAAAUACCAUAUCAUACGAUUGCAGUUUGGGUAUUUUAGGUAGUAACCGAUCUAAACUGCAACUUUUCUGAAAUUAUUGGGAAGUGUCAUUAACUCUUACUAGUCGUCAAUAAUGGAUACCGUUGCGGCCGUUGGUGGCGGUGCCGGAGUAGAAGGACAACCACAAGCUGCGGAGCUACCGGAGCUUCUGCUUUUUGGUCAUCCCCCUGCUCAAUUCCUUGCUUCAUUAGCGAAGAGGUUCAGACUUCUGAAGCCUUGGGAAGAAGAAUCCAUGUCCACCCAACAAUUCUUGACUACUCAAGCUCAGUCCGUUAGGGCCUUGGCCGUCUUAGGUCUCUUCCCUAUCAAUUCUGAAAUCCUCCAAUGUCUUCCCUCCCUGGCGUGUGUUGUCGCCACCAGCGUUGGCGUUGACCACAUCGACUUGGCUGAGUGCCGCCGGAGGGGGAUCGCAGUCACCAAUGCUGGUCCUGCCUUCUCUGAAGAUGCUGCCGAUUUUGCUGUUGGACUCCUUCUCGAUGUCCUUCGCCGUGUCUCGGCCGCAGACCGGUAUGUACGGCAGGGUCUGUGGCCUGUCAAAGGGGAUUAUCCUCUCAGUUCCAAGUUAGGUGGCAAGCGAGUCGGGAUUAUUGGGAUGGGAAGUAUUGGCUCUGAAGUUGCAAAAAGGCUUGAGCCCUUUGGAUGCAGCAUCUCAUACAAUUCAAGGAAGAAGAAGCCUCGUGUUGCAUUUCCAUUCUAUUCUAAUGUCCAUGACCUUGCAGCUAACAGCGAUGUUCUCAUCCUUUCUUGUGCAUUGACCAAGGAAACGUACCACAUAAUUAAAAGGGAUGUACUAUUGGCACUGGGAGAGAAAGGAGUCAUUAUUAAUGUGGGACGUGGGGCUCUCAUUGACGAGAAGGAGUUGGUUCAAUGUUUGGUGCAAGGAGAAAUUGGUGGCGCUGGUUUGGAUGUGUAUGAAAAUGAGCCAAUUGUGCCCAAAGAGCUCUUUGUCUUGGAUAGCGUUGUAUUGUCUCCACAUAAAGCUGUGUUAACACCAGAAUCCUUUGCAGCAUCGUCUAAAAUGGCUAUGGGCAACUUGGAGGCUUUUUUUGCAGGUAAACCCUUACUGUCUCCAGUGAAGGAUGAAUAAAUGAACCGUUUCUUCUGUUCCAAAGGGUUAACACUAAACCUCAUUCUCCUGUGUUGUCCCCAAAAUGGAACUGGUGGCAUGACUAUGAUCAACUCUUACAAGUUGCAUUCUUGUAAGAUUUAUUUGGCAAAUAUUUGAAGAUAAACUAAAAUCAUAUGAGAGUUGAGUUAUAAUGUAUCUCAUUGAUAUGUCAUUACUGCAAAUAAUAAGACAAAUGUUCAAUUUUAUGCA